UUGCGCGAGAUGAGGAGCAGUUAUAUGCACUUGGAUUACGGGCUGCAGAAGUGAAACAACGUCUUCGCUUAUUAAAAAUCGUCUGCUGCCAUAAAACACUGACGUAUUUGCUCACACGUUUUUUUAACGCAUGGAUAUGUUUCUCAGAAAACAUUAAAACACGAGAUGCAGGCAAAUCACUUAUAAAAUGGGAUUCAGUUUGAGAAAGCCGGUGUGAGAAAGUGAGGCGCGCACAGGACUUACAUUCUCCUCCAUAUAACGAUAAAGUCUGGAUAAGAGAGCAUGGAUUGGCAAGGGAUCCUAUGGCUUUUGAUAUCAUUUCUAUCGAGUAUAACACUGACCAGAACAACGGAGCUGAAAGCAGAGCCUACCGCAGGCUUCUCUCCUGUCAUGAUGGCAGUGGAGGGAGACAGACAGAUCAUGACUGAGUCUCAGUAUAAAUGUCUGGAGCUUCUAAACCAAGAUGGACCCCGUAAUAAAACAGGUUUGUUCUGCAACAGAUUUUGGGAUGGCUUGCUCUGUUGGGAUGAAACCUCAGCUGGAAACUACGUCUCUCAGAACUGCCCAGACUACCCCAGCUUUGACCCCAUGGAAAAAGUAACCAAAUUCUGUGAUGAAUCUGGCAACUGGAUACACAGUUCUUCUGUCAAUAAAACCUGGUCCCAUUGUCUAACAUUUUCAAAGGAUAAAAUAAAGACGCUGCCAGUUCAUGGCUUUUUAGAGACGGAGAUGGAUCCCACAGCCGAGAGUCGGGUCAGCCCCGUAGUGACUCAGAAAGCAGAGGAAAGGAAGAAGAUCAUCGAUGGUCAAUAUAAGUGCUUUGAGAAAAUGAACAGAGACCUACCAUAUAACAAAUCAGGUCUGUACUGCAACAGGACUUGGGAUGGCUGGUUAUGCUGGGAUGACACUCCAGCAGGGACAUUCAUGUCACAGAACUGUCCCAACUAUUUUGUUGACUUUGACUCCACCGAAAAGGUCACAAAGUAUUGCGAUGAGACGGGAAACUGGUUCAGGCACCCCGAGACAAACAGGACCUGGUCUAACUACACCCUGUGCAUUGCACACACUAAGGACAAGCUGAAGAUGGCGUAUAUUCUGUAUUACAUGGCGAUUGUGGGUCAUGCUCUGUCUAUAGUAUCCCUCCUCAUCUCUCUGGCCAUAUUCUUCUAUUUCAGGAGUCUGAGCUGUCAAAGAAUCACACUUCACAAGAACUUGUUCUUCUCCUACGUCCUCAACUCGGCCUUUACCAUCGUCAACCUCAUAACUGUGGUCAACAACCCCAAAGUUGUGCAGAGGAAUCCGAUUGGCUGCAAGGUGCUGCAUUUCUUCCACAUGUACAUGCUGGGCUGUAACUAUUUCUGGAUGCUGUGUGAGGGGAUUUACCUGCAUACUCUUAUCGUGGUGGCCGUCUUUGCAGAGGAGCAGCACCUGCAUUGGUAUUAUCUUCUGGGAUGGGGUUUCCCCCUUGUGCCUGCAUCCAUCCAUGCUGUAGCUAGGAAAAAAUAUUUUGAUGACAAUUGCUGGAUGAGCGUGGACACCCAUCUGCUCUAUGUGGUUCACGGCCCCAUAAUGGCAGCUUUAUUGGUCAAUCUGUUCUUUCUAUUAAACAUAGUACGAGUCUUGGUGACGAAACUGAGAGAUACUCACCGAGCAGAGUCCAACAUGUACAUGAAGGCAGUGAGGGCCACCCUCAUCCUCGUGCCUUUAUUGGGCAUUCAGUUCGUCAUCUUCCCAUGGCGGCCAGAGAACCGGCUGGCAGGAGAGGUUUAUGACUACAUCAUGCAUAUUUUAAUGCAUUACCAGGGACUGCUGGUGGCAACCAUAUUCUGCUUUUUCAAUGGAGAGGUCCAGUCAGCUCUGAAGAGACAGUGGAUACAAUACAAAGUGCAGUGGGGCCAGCGGAGACGCGAGCACUGCUCCAUGCGCUCCACAUCCUACACCGCCACCUCCAUCACCGAGGUGCCCGCCUUCAUGUACCAUCACGACUGCAACAGCGAACACUUAAACGGUAAGCACACAGAAGACUCAGAGCUGGUGGCUCUCAAGACAGGUGAGACGUACGCCUGAGACAUAUAUGAGAAGGAAGAGUUUCAAUCAAACCAGAGACUGGAGGCUCCAUUAUCGUGAAGCGACUUCAAGUGUUCACAAUUUCCCCCAUCUCUGACAACAACAGGACGUCCAGAUUCUGAGUGUUGACACCAGCAAUUCUGCUGAGAGAUUACUCACUGCUUCUUUUAUAUUCCUAACAGCUCGGCUUCUACGAGUUGAAACGAAAAGAAAAGGAAAAAUAUACUGACAUAGGAUACGUUUCUUAAAAUAUGUCAAAUUCAAGCUGCUAGUUUCAGGGGCUCCUCACAUCCUCUCUGGGCUCGUGGUCCUAAACGUCGAAAGUAACUUUGCAGAAACCAAAGGAUGUGUUGAUUUGUGGAACGUUGACUGUUUUUAUAAGCUUCGGGGAAACUGUACUCAAGAGGAUGGGCUAUGAUGUCUGUCGGCGAACAAAGGAAAGUGCCUGAAUACUGAUCCUUCAAGUGUCAAAGGUGGUUACAAAGAUCUGUCGGACGGUCAUUUUGCAGCUAAAUAUAGCUUUCUAUCUGUCCUGCGAGGCUCCUGACUGCUUUACUGUUUUCGCAGCUGUACUUUCGCCUCGUCUUUAUUUCUAAAAGGGGGCGUAGAAAAAAAAGACAAACAACCUGAAUAAUUUUAGCAGUGCUUAAAAGUGGAAUCAUACUGCAACUCUGCGUGAUUAGAUACAGUAAGAUGUAUUCCCAUAACUAAGCAUAGGAGUAAAAAAUGUGUUGAAUAACCUCCAGUGUUUCAGAGUGCAGAUUUGAAGUCUGAUUUUUGUCUGAAGGCGUAUUGUCAGCGUUUUCUGUAGUGCUACUCUCUCGAAGUACAUUGUUAAUGGGGAACUAAAAUGAGCGAGAAAUCAAUAACCCACACUCUUAAAAAUAGGGGGGCUUGAAUGGUUCUUCAUAUUGAUGCCAUAGAAGAAUCAUUUUUGCUUCCUUGGAAACAUGGCGGUGUAAAAUGACAACUUCCAUAAGGGGACUCACAGUGUAUGUAGAUAAAAAUGGCUCAUUCUAAGGUCAUAAAGAAAAAUAUGGUUAAUUUGUAAGGUCUUUGUACACCACUGAUAAUAUAUUAUAAUGUAUUUUUGCAUAACAUAUGAGCUUGUGCUGUGUGUAAUUAUUAUAUAUAUAUAUAAUAAGAGUUUGGUUCCAAAACGCAAUAUAUGCCAUUUUUGAAAAAAGUGAGUUACUGCCAAUAUCAGUAUUAUAUCAGGUCAGUAUUUCAAAUUAAAUUGUUAAUUUUACGCAAGAUCUAAUAUCCCCCGUGUUAUUCUGUCAUCUUUUCUCCAUUUUUUCCCAAAGCGCAAUAAACGCCACUAUUACAGCGCACCAUUCCAUGCAAUGUAAACAAACAAUGGUUGCGCGUUGAGUACACAGAGUCCUAGUUUUCCUCAUCUACUUUGUACUCCUUGAUCAACAAACAAACAAAAACAAAAUAAUACUUUAAUAGCAUUGAUAAACCUGUGGUGGUUUUCUGUGACGGAAAAGAAACGUAAGCCAUCAACAUCUAAUAAUUUACGCUCAGGGAACGGUCGCUUGUUCUCCCAACAGCAUCUAGCUUCUCUCGUUCUAACACAUUGACCCCAGGGGAUCUUAUGAAAAACUUUCCAUAAUUUUACUCAAAGUCAGCAGGAAUCGAGCAGGACCAAAACAUUUUACAGCUGAUCACUGUGAAAAAUGUUAAGCGACGACGUCAAGUAUAAUCGCAGCAAUGACAGUGUUCCUAUUAUGACAAAGUAAGUGUUUUGAUUAUUGCCAUUAAUGUUUUUUAUCAGUGUGUACAACUGUUCAACUAAAUGAAUAAAAAAUGUCAAAAAUGAAUGCACAUUUAUAUAUUGAUUCAAUAGAUUAAUAGAAUUAAAAAAAAAAAAACUUCUAAAACUAAAAUAAUUCGUUUUUAUAAUAAUUCUUUGAAAAUCAAGUUAUGGAUUUGAAUUUUUUUAUGUUUUUAUAACCUAAAGAUGCUAUGUGAAAGUUUGUAACAGAAAAUAGUGGUUUUCAUCUUGUCACUUUCUUGGUAUAGAAAACAAGUUUUUACCGAAAUUUGUCAAAAUGGAUUUAUUGCGUUUUGGAACCAAACUCUUUAUAUAUAUAUAUAUAUAUAUUACACACAGCACAAGCUCAUUUUAUGCAAAAAAAAUACUUUUAUUUUGUAUGAGAUUAAUCUAGAUUAAUCUAAAUCCACCACUACAAGAUAUCCUUAUAAAAGUUACAAAAUACACCUUUAAUAAUCUGAAGAACCUUUUGUGAAACACAAAGAACCCAUUUAGCAAAAAAUGUUUCUUCUAUGGCAUCAUGAGGCACCAUUUUUUAAAGGGGUCAUAUUAUGAGACUUUUUAUAGAUGUAAAAUAAAUCUUUGGUGUCCCCAGACUACACAUGUGAAGUUUUAGUUCAAAAUACCCCACAGAUAAUAUAUUAUAGCAUGUUAAAAUUGCCACUUUGUAGGUGCGAGCAAAAAUGUGCCAUUUUGGGUGUGUCCUUUAAAAUGCAAAUUAGCUAAUUAAAUGCAAGCACUGAUCAACCUGAUGGUGGUUUGUUGAAAUUGAAACUCAAUUGUGCUGUCAAUUAUUCUCUCUCUCUUUCUCUCUCUCUGCAAUAUAUAGCGGUGCCGUAGUUGGAUAGUGCAGAUUUAAGCGGCGGUUUUAUUAUAAUAAGAUCCCCUAUAUUAUAAUAAGAUUUUUUGCAAAGGGGGCCAAAUUUUAAUGACUUUCAAAGUUACUUGGUCACUCUUUUCACAUUUUUCCAGGAUGGUACUAGCACUGGGGGGACCCAAUUAUAGCACUUAAACAUGGAAAAAAAAUCCUAUUUUCAUGAUAUGUCCUCUUUAAAAGUGCACACUGUUUGUGGGACUAACUGAUUUGGAUUGAAAAUAAAACUUGGCAAAAUAAUAAAAAAACAGAUAAGCACUUAAAAAGCAGUGUUAGGAUUAUUGUUAUGGCUUAUGGUACAUAAAGGAACAAUUUAACAUGUUUUUCUAAAGGAUAAAAAUGUGGAACAGCUUUCCCCACAUAUUUAAAGGGAUGCAGACAACUAUGAGGAUAACAAAACAUCAGCUUAAAAUGGCCUCUGGGGUGCAUGAGAUGAUUGACAGCUGUCAAACACAUUUUGCAUUAGAAGCUACAAAUGAACCGUUAUAACAAAAUAUUUAAUGCACAUGUACAACUUUAUGAAAAGGUCUUUGAAGGUUAAAUCCAGUGUUGACCAUUGCUAAAUAAGAAAUGAAAACCAUGUUGAAAUAAUAGUUAAUUUAUGAAUUUACAGUAUAGGAAUGUAAAGAUUUUUUGCAGAAAUUGUUUAUACCAAUUUCCUAAUAAUGUGAAUUUGUUAAAUAAGAUGGAGUUAUAUGAGAACAGAGAAUAUAGUGAGACUCUGGAAACAAGCUUAUUUUUAUCUCUUUAUGAAAUGUUUAUUUUUUUGUUACAUUGCACUUCAACACUGUAAUUUUAUUUAAAAUUAAACUUUAAUCUGUAUAUAAUGUGUUGUGUUUUCAGGGGUUUGAGGUGAAAUCGUUUCAUUGUUAGUUGUAUGGUAUUUACCAUGUAAUUGUUUUAGUCUGACGUGACAUGGGUUUAUCAUUGUACAUAUAUAUAUAUAGCGUCAGUCGGUCAUUGAGCUUAUUUGAGCUUCUGUUGUAUGUUUUAAGCUUCAUUUCUUGAUCAUGUCUUAAUGUCUAUUGCUUGUGUUGGGGAUGCCAAUGAAAAACCGUUGUGGUUUCAAAUAGCUCUUAUUAUUAUUCGUAUUUUGCUUUGUCAAAAUUUUACCUUUUUGAAAUUGUGUCCAUUUAUACGGUAUAUAUAAACUGAGAAACUUUAAGAUGAAUUUACAUUGUAUUUUGUACAUAAGAGUAAAUUUGAUGUCCUGCUGUAUGGCUAGUAGGGUGUACAGUAUGUUCGACCCCAAAUAGUUCCUUAUAUUUUUGCACAAGUGCAGCAGAAAAGUAGAUAUAUCAAAAACAAAUCAAGCUUUCCUUUAAAGGAAAAUGUAUGGGUAUAUAAUCAUACCACUGUAAAGUACUUACAGUUCGCACAUUAUAAAAUGCCGAAUGCCAAGAAGUCUGUACAGAUUUUAGCAUUUCAGUUGUUAUUUAAAGUUUAACAUCAUCAUGACUAAUCACAAUCAGUCUAAUUGACUUUAGUGACAGAUCUGGUUUGAUCUCGGCCCGGGGAUGUGCAGCCAGUUUAAGAUAUUUCUGGCACAGCCAGCGUCACAUCCACUAAGCUUCAGCAUCUACAGGUGCAGGACUAACAGGGCUCUUUGUUUCCUGCUAACAUGUGCUGACUUCUCUUUGCCCAUUAAAGACAGCUGUGACCAUAUAAAAACAUAAAGCACCUCUAGCAUUAAACUGAUUUUGAUAAACAA